ACGAGGGAGCCGGGUCGGUGUGUUUGCCGUGUGCUUCUGUCGUGAUUGUGCGCUUUGAAGCUUCUGGUGCUGUGUUGUCAGAACAAGGAGCUUCGAACAUCAGCUGCGGUCUGUGUUGAACGUGAGUGACCAUGCCUGCCCGUAAGGGUAGGACGUGCUUCGUGCCCUUGUGCGAGGGUGGGUACAAGUCGUCAGCAGAAAAGGUGUCAUUGUUCCGAGCCCCUGCCGAUCCUGUUCGCUUGCAAGAAUGGGCCAGAAACAUCAAACGCGGCGACAAGGUACUCGACAAUACAUGCGUAGUGUGUUCUCGUCAUUUUGAUGAACGCUACAUACAGAGAACAUUCAAGCACGUGAUAAAUGGAGAUGUUGUCGAGCUAGAACGCGAACGGCCAGCGCUUACUGAUGAUGCUGUGCCCACUAUAUUCCCUGAUGCACCUUCAUAUCUAACAAAGCCUGUUCCGAAAAAAAGAAAGGAGAGAGACCUCGUCAACCAAUAUGCCCCACCACCGAAGCGCAAGGCUUUAUGUGAAAGCUUGCCUGACUGCGAACUCGCCGAAGGCAUUGACGUACAGCCAGCGUCGGAGACUUCCCCGCAUGAGUUCAGCAAUGUUUCACCGCCUUCAGCUCUUUGUAACAGAAUUGUGCUCUCAAAUGACCCCGGGGUGCUUUGCUUCGGGUGGCACGGUCGCGUGGAAACACAGGCCCCGUACACUCUCAAGUUCAACUAA